UGUGAACAAACUCCAUGUCUACUUCUCUAUUCAAACAAUCCUCUCUGACACAGUCACCAUCUUCUGUUAAGUCAGACUAACAGUCUGUAGACGUCUGAUAAAUGGCAUUGUUCAUCCCUGAUAUGGCUGGUCAUCUGUUUUUGGUCAUCCUCCUUUUUGUCACCUUCCAACACAUCGAAGCCCAAGGUCAUUAUCCAAAACCAGAUAUUACAGUCAUUUCUGAUGGGUACUUCAGCGUCUUGUGUUUGAUUCCUGGAUCCGUCAGUCCUGACACCACCUGUAACCUGUAUGUUGGAGAGGAGAGUCAGCCAUCCUUCACAGCAAAGAUCAAGAAGAGAAAAGCCACCUCAGCAGCCGGAGAGCAGUUCUGUCAAUUCACUCCAAAUCAUAGUGAUCUGAUCAGUGGUCUACAGUCAGUGAGGAGUAAGGAGGUGAGCUGUGACUACAGAGUGAGCUCAGGACCAAACUCUCUCUCUCCACGCAGUGAUGGGUACAGCUUUACAGAUCUGGUGGGAGUUUACAUUAGUGAUCCAACAACUAAACCCUUUCCAACAGAAACAGCUGUGGGAAUAAGGCAGGGAGCAGUGGGUGUGGCUUCUGGAGUGGGCAUGUUGCUGAUGGGAUUGACAGCUGUCUAUCUCUGGAGGAGGACCAAGAAGAACAAUUCUCAGAGACCUACAUCCAGACAGCAUGAUCACAGCCAAUGUGAUUUGGUGAUGGGAGCUGUGAGCAGUGCAGGCAUGUUGGAUCUAAGGGAUGCUGGGGUCUAUUCUCUCAUCACCACUUUACCGUUCACGUUAUUGCCCUCAGGCCCUGUUGAAGAGAAUGGACAGUCAUCUGAAAAAGACAAUUCUGAUACGUACCACGUAUACAGCUCAAUCCCCGACAGACCAGCAACCUCAGCCCAGACGGAUGGGUUGUACAGUCUUCUGCAGACACACUGACACUACACCACUGGCUUCUGUUACAUGCCUUUCCAUAAUAUAGGUUACUGUGUUACUAUUUUUAUUCAAGGGUUUUGGAGGGGUCAUACUCCCCUUUAAACAUUUUUCUUUUCCCACCCCUCAGUAAAUGCUAAAUAUAUGCUGUAUUUAUAUAUAUUCUGUCAUCUGUGUUAUACCGCCUUCCAUAACUGUUGGAUAGAAUUAAUAAAAAAUAAAAAAAAUGAAAUCAAAAUAAAUACAAAUAUAAUAUAAUAUUUUGGUUUUAAUAAUGUUUACAUUGUUGGCAACAUCAGAUAAUCAAUACUGAAAAAGACAGAUUUCCUAAAUACUAUUAAACUACCCAUUCCCCAUGUUUACCCGUUAUUUUCCAAGUUCCCCGUUUAACUUCAGCACUUCAGUCUCCCCUCCAAUGUGCAGUGUUGUAGACAUGUUCUAGCAUUUUAGUCCAAUGACUGUGGAGCAGUUAAGAUGAAAUUGGACUUUCAUUUAAAAAAAAAUCUCCAGUUAACAUGGGAGAUUAGCCUCGUUUUACCUUCCAGAUAAGGCUCUUGAGGUACAGUAAAUCAAAUGCUUUCUUUGUCACGAAUCCCACCGAAGGUGGCUCCCCUGCCUGCUCGGGCGGCGCUCGGCGGUCGUCGUCGCCGGCCUACUAGCCGCCGCUGAUCCCUUUUUCCU